AUUUUCCUCGCUCGAGCAGCUGCUGCUAGCACCAUUUUGUGAUGAAUGAGGGGAGGUAGUUAGAGUCGCGGAUUAGACGUAGAUUGGUGUUAUAUAGCCACUUUUCUGGGAUAUAGCUUUGUUUUUAAGUUCUUAGAUAUAUUAAGAAGAAGGAGCGUUAGUUGUACAGUUGUCGUGCGCUAAGUAGAGAAGUUUGGAGCGUGAUUGUGUCGAGUCAGCGAGCGCUAAGCUAACGUUACACAGCUAACAUAUCUACUCGAGUCUUUUAGAGAAAAGGAGAGAUCCCUGCGAGUCUGAAGGAACAUGAGCGCCCCUUCUUCUCAAAAAGUCGUGCUGAAAAGCACCACCAAGGUGUCCCUGAAUGAGCGCUUCACGAACAUGCUGAAGAACAAGCAGCCGACAGUGAGUAGCAUCCGGGCGAGCAUGCAGCAGCAGCACAUGGCCAGUGCGAGGAACCGCCGGCUCGCUCAGCAGAUGGAGAACAGGCCCUCUGUGCAGGCUGCCCUGCAACACAAACAGAGCCUAAAACAGCGCCUUGGGAAGAGCAACAUCCAGGCCAGGCUGGGUCGGCCCAUCGGCUCGCUGAUGCCGGGAGGCGGCAGAGGACGAGGAUUUCCUGGAGGAUUUCGAGGAGCUGGACGAGGACUGCGGGGAAGAGGAAGAGGUGGAGGCAUGAGAGGAGCUCUCUCUCUAAGAGGUGCAGGUCAGAUGAGAGGACGGGGUGGUCCUGGACGUAUCGGUCUCCGUCGAGGCAUGCGUUAUCGUGGAGGAGCUCCAGGGCGAGGUGCUAUGGGUGGCCGAGGAGCAGCACGUGGAGCACCUGGAGGAAGAGGCCGCGGGGGUCUGAGAGGUCGUGGAGGGUUUGCAGGAAGGGGUCGUGGACGCGGCAGAGGCCGAGGAGCAGGCCGCCCCGUCGUCACACGAGAGCAGUUGGACAACCAGCUUGAUGCUUACAUGUCCAAGACCAAGGGCCAUCUGGACGCCGAGCUGGACGCGUACAUGGCCCAGGCAGACCCUGAGAGCAUGGAGUAACCAGAGACGGCAGCCCCCUGAAGAUCUGCAGAGAAUAGACUGAUUGACCAGACACACGUCCAGUACCAUUGAAGCUGUUGCUCUUGGACACUCCCUGAGAAGACGUUUUAAACUUGAAGGCUGUACAAAGUUAUGUAUUAUCCCUGUUACCCUCAAAGAUUUGUGAGCAGCCACUCACCUUUUCUACUCUUUAACCACGGUUCUUAAACACAAGUCAUCUUAGAAAACGUUUUGGAAGUAAAGAGAAAAAAAAAACUUGUUUUCAACUGAGCUAUAAUAAUAGACAUUGUGUUUAUUUUUUGGCUGAAUUUCAGAAAAUGGCCCAAUGUGUGAGGAAGUACAUUUGAUUGUCUGGUGUGAAAAAGUGGUUUAUAUAGAUGAACGGCUGUUAAUUACCGUAAUGCUCUACAAAUGAAACUUACCUUUUUAUUAUUGUAUUUUUAUUAUGUUUUAAAGUAGAACUUUUAUUCAGUAUACACAAUCUAGAUAAGUCUUUUUCUGUUUUUGUCAGACACAAAAUAUGUUUUAAAGGUAUAUUGUAACCUGCAACCAAACUUAUUUUUUUUCUUUCUUUUGGCUUCAAAUAAAUCUUGGCCAUAA